CAGCUUGUCACACAAAGCGAGAAAGCAAGUUGCGUACCGGUAGUAGAGGGAGAGAGUUGCGAUUCUUACUCAUUUCUUAUUCUGCCUAGUUCGGUUUAGUAUAGUCCAGCUGUUCGUCGUUUUUGAUAGUCUGACGAAUGAAUUCUUCGGGACAGUCGCAGUUCUCGUCGUAGCAGAGGGGGUAUUAGCGCUGGCGCGGCUUCAUUGCUCGCUCGGGAACGAUGAAAAAUUAACGCUUCGCCUAUGUACACAUAAUAUAUCGAUAGGCCGAAUCAAGUGUUAAUUCCAAAGUCUUAAAACAGAACUAAUUUUGAACAACCUAUAACGGUAUUAUACCGAAGGAGGGUGGCCUUCGGUGUGACAAAAGGCUCGAAGUGCAAGAGAGAGACAGAGACGCGUACGCAGUACAGGAACAACAGUCGAUUUUGUUGCGAGCGACGAGAUCGUAAAAAGAAAGAAUUAGACGAAGACGAAAUUGUAGAGUCGACGGGCGGCGCGUUAAACUUCCUUCUCUCAACCUUUCUUUUUUUUAUCUCCUUUCUGUUCCACGAUAAUCGCAUAAACGAAAGGUGCCAAGAAACUAUACGGAACGGUCAAGAAUUUAUUCGUUUCGACGAUUUGGGAGCGACCAACCCGUUCGUGAGGGAUGUCUACCCCUGCAAGAAGAAGGCUAAUGAGAGAUUUUAAGAGCAUGGAAGUAGAAGUGGCAUUGUAUUCCAAAGAAUUACAAGAAGAUCCACCUACUGGAGUAUCUGGUGCACCUACAGACAAUAAUAUUAUGAUAUGGAAUGCUGUUAUAUUUGGACCACAUGACACUCCAUUUGAGGAUGGUACAUUUAAACUCACAAUAGAGUUCACGGAAGAAUAUCCAAACAAGCCCCCUACAGUAAGAUUUGUCAGUAAGAUGUUCCACCCUAAUGUAUAUGCCGAUGGGGGUAUUUGCCUUGAUAUUCUACAAAAUCGUUGGAGUCCUACAUAUGAUGUUUCUGCUAUCUUAACAUCUAUACAGUCAUUACUGGACGAACCAAAUCCAAAUUCACCGGCAAAUUCUCUAGCAGCACAAUUGUACCAAGAGAACAAACGAGAAUACGAAAAGAGAGUAGCCACAGUCGUUGAACAGUCUUGGUUGAACUUUCAAGAAAGUCAUACGGAGGAUCCUCGCUGACAUUAAAUUUAGAGUCCUGGAAUGACAUGGAAAUCGCACUGAGAAACUUAUGUGAUCUAUACUUAUAAGUAUAAAUACAAUAUGUGUAUGGUUUUUGCUCAUAAUAAAUACAUUUUAGGUGCUUUAACAUGAAUAACAAAACGAUAAAAAACAUAUGUACAAAUACUCUUUUUGUAAUAUCACAAUGCGGCAUUAAUAAGAAUUAUAUUGCAAACAUAAAAUGAAUUUCUCUAAACAUAAAAUAAUUCGUUUCAUAGAAAAUGGAACACAAUUUGAUAUAUAUGAAAUUUACUAUAUUAUAGACCAAGGGCAUUUGUACGUAUAUUACCUAUUCCUGUUUUGUGUCUUCGAUAAGAUACUUAGAAGUUGAAAUUUGUUAAGUGUCAAAUUUACUUUAUGCAUUGUACUUUAUUUUUUAUUUCAAGGACUUCAAGCACAAUGAUACUUCAGUUUAAUUUUAAUUAUUGAGUUAUUGUUUUAAAGCAUAUAAAUUUGAAUUUGUAUUUAAAAUGGAGUUUUGUUUAAAAAUUGUAAUAAAAUAUUAUGCUUGAAGUCAUUGAAAAACAAAUACACCUUCGCACAUUUAGUUUUGAUUUUAUAUACAUUUGUCUUUUGUUUUAUUUUGCUGUUGCAAAUAUUUGAAUCCAACUUAGUAAAAUUAAAUGAAUAAUAUAAAUUUGAGAUAGAACCAUAAGAGACUCACUUUCUAUAAUUUAUCAUAUGCAAUUUAACAAUGUAAUCAACUUUUAUAUAAUAUAACCUUGUUUUCUUCAAUAAAUUCUGAAAUAUAUUAUGUUA